AUGGACAGGCCGGGAGGGGAGCGGGGUCUCGGCCUCGGCGAGUUUGGGAGCCCCGCGGUGUUUCCGCACGCGGGGGCGCACUCUGGCGCCGGCUGCAGCCGCCACUCCAGCGCCUCACCAACACUUACCGAGCGCCCGCUGAGCACCCCAUGCGACUGCUGGCUGAGCCUACCCCUACCCAAGCCGCCUGUGGUCAGUGCUAUAAGCCCGCUAAGAAAAGACCCGCGAAGGAAACCUGAGCUUUGUGCAGACCCUGAGCUGGAGCUUCCAGAUGCGGUCCGGGCGAUUAGCAAAGUCGGUGGAAGCCAAGCCGGAGAAAGCGCGGGCGCGGGGAAAAAAGGUGCUGCGGUCUCCCCAAGAGAAGCUGGGUCCCGCUGGCUGGCAGGCGGGCGCGCUGGCGAACUAACCCGCGCGCUGGCUGACUGGCGGGCGGCGGCGGCCCCACUGCCCCUAACAGAGCAGCUUUCAAACAGAAAACAAGUCCCCAGAACCCCCUGGCCCGCCCGGCCACCGCCCGCUCCCCACGCCCGCUCCGCAGGAGUCCUCGGCCCCACAGCUCAGCCCAGCGUCCUAUCCGGCGAUCCAGCUUACCUUCGCGAAGCCGCUUGCCCUGGAGAGAGGAAAGCGCGGAGCUCGGUGAGGCGCGGGCGAAGCGGCGGAGCCCCCAGCCUCUUGGCACGCACGCACGCCGCCGCCGCCGCCGCGAGCCGGUCGUGCUCAGCGCCAGCAGCCGCGCCGGUGGCCACCAGACCCCAGGGCGCCUGGGAAAAGCCCGCACCGCCGCGCCGCGCCGCCGCACCGCACCGUGCCGCGCCAAGCAGCCCCGGCCCGCGGCCGUGCCGGCCCGCCCGCCCGCAGCUUCGGCGCCGGACUCCGGGGCGGUGGCGGUGGCGGCCACCGCGUUCCCUUCCCAGCGCGGGGGACCCGACUCUCAAGCCCCCAUUGCCGCCCGGAGAGCCCUGA